AUGAAUCAUACAGAGGUUAACCAAACGGAGCACUGCCUGCAGUUCUAUUGCCCUGAGAGGUCUGUAUCUACUGUGUAUGUGUUGCUGUAUAUGUGUGCAGCCGCUGUAGCUCUACUGACAGUGUGUGGAAAUCUGCUCAUCAUCAUCUCCGUCUGCCACUUCAAGCAGCUCCACACACCGACUAACAUGCUCGUCCUCUCUCUGGCUGUGUCGGACUGUCUGGUCGGAGCUCUCGUGCUCCCUAUCGCGUUAAUAUGGAUGAUUGAGUCCUGCUGGGUUUUUAAUCAGGGUUUCUGUGUAAGUUUUAUGUUGACCUCCUAUUUUCUUACAAGCACGUCUAUAUAUAAUGUUGCUCUGAUCGCAGUUGAUCGGUAUUUUGCUCUGUCUAACCCGUUUCUCUACACUAAAGUGGUCUCUGUGAGCACCGUCUGCAUUGUGGUUUUAUGUGACUGGUUUGUGUUGUUCUCCUACGAUUUAGCCGUUCACUAUUUCAACAGAAACCUUCAAAGUUUAGUGACGUGUCCCGGUGGCUGCUUUCUGGUCUUGGAUGAGGUCUGGUCUCUGGUUGACCUCCUGUUUAUUUUCGUUUUCCCAUGCGCUGUUAUAAUCAUACUGUAUGUCCUAGUUUUUGUUAUUGCAAAGAGACACGCCACCGCCAUCCGAGAGCUUAAAGCUCAAACUCGGACUCAGACAUCAAAGAAGAUGACAGACUCUAUGAAGUCAGAGAGGAAAGCUGCGAAAGUGCUCGGGAUAGUUGUGUCUGUGUUUCUGGCUUGUGUGUUUCCAUAUUUUAUUUACAGUUUAUUAGGCAAGGUAAUUGAAGUUGAAGUAGAAGCAUUUCAGAAAGUGCUGCUCCUUGUUUAUUUAAACUCCACCAUAAAUCCAGUGAUCUAUGCUUUGUUUUAUCCGUGGUUUAGGAGGUGUGUUAGACUCACUUUAACUCUUCAGAUUUUUCAAAAAGAUUCUGCGUUAAUGAAUAUUAUAUGA